CCCUCGCGGUGAAGGAGAGGCCGCGCUGAGGGGAGACGAAGCAGGUCCCCUCAGGGAAGGGGGCAGGUGAGGAAGAGGAGGAGGACGAGGAUGGCUCCCGCGCCCCAGUCGCCGCCCGCGGGGCUCCCUCUCGGCUUCCCUUUCGCUUGACCGGCAUGAAGUAAAAAUGGUGCAAAAAUAUCAGUCCCCUGUUAGAGUCUACAAAUACCCCUUCGAGCUCGUCAUGGCGGCUUAUGAAAAGCGCUUCCCCACUUGCCCAGAGAUCCCGGUUUUCUUGGGCAGUGAGAUCCUCCGUGAAUCCAAGAGCGAGGAUGGAGCCAUUCAUGUCACUGAACGAAGUUGCAAAUUGAAUGUGGACGCGCCUCGGUUGCUGAAGAAGAUUGCUGGAGUAGAGUAUGUGUUUUUCAUACAGAAAAACACAGUGAACUGGAAGGAGAGGACUCUUCUCAUUGAAGCCCAGAAUGAGACCUUCGCCAACCGUGUUGUCGUCCUAGAGAUAUGCAACUAUUCGGUUCACCCCGAGAACGAGGACUGGACCUGCUUUGAGCAGUCUGCGUCUCUCGACAUCAAAUCGUUCUUUGGCUUUGAGAACACAGUGGAGAAGAUAGCCAUGAAGCAGUACACGGCUAACAUCAAGCGGGGGAAAGAAGUGAUCGAGCAUUAUCUGAAAGAGCUGAUUGCCCAGGGCAUCACUUUCAUCCCCCGCUGGACGCCUCCCGCCGUCUGUAAAAAGGUGGCCCACGAGGCUCCGUCGCAGCACGAAGGCAGCAAAGUGCCGGGCGAGUCCCAUGUGCACGGGAAUGACAAAGAGAGCGGGAGCACCAGCCCUUCCGUAGAGCCAUCCACCCCUGACGCUGACAAACUGGAUGCUGAUUACAUAGAAAGAUACCUGGGGCAAUUGACCCCCAUGCAAGAAAGCUGCCUGAUCCGCCUCCGUCAGUGGCUGCAAGAAACGCACAAAGGCAAGAUCCCCAAAGAUGAACACAUCCUUCGCUUUCUGAGGGCUCGCGACUUCAACAUUGACAAGGCUCGAGAGAUGCUCUGUCAGUCGCUCACCUGGCGCAAGCAGUACCAGGUGGACUAUAUCUUGCAGACGUGGAGACCACCCUCUCUUCUGGAAGAGUACUACACCGGAGGCUGGCAUUACCAGGACAGAGAUGGGAGGCCCCUUUACAUACUUCGCCUUGGUCAGAUGGACACCAAAGGGCUCGUCAAGGCCCUGGGAGAGGAGUCGCUCCUUCGUCAUGUGCUGUCCAUCAACGAGGAAGGACAAAAGAGGUGUGAGGAAAACACAAACCUUUUCGGCCGCCCCAUCAUGUCUUGGACUUGCCUAGUCGACCUCGAAGGGCUCAACAUGCGUCACCUCUGGCGGCCGGGAGUGAAAGCUCUCCUGCGGAUUAUCGAAGUGGUCGAGGACAACUACCCAGAGACUCUUGGGAGGCUCCUGAUUGUGCGCGCGCCCAGAGUGUUCCCUGUCCUGUGGACCCUGGUGAGUCCCUUCAUCAACGAGAACACCAGGCAGAAAUUCCUCAUCUACAGUGGCAACAACUAUCAGGGCCCCGGAGGGCUGGUGGACUAUCUGGACAAAGAUGUGAUCCCAGACUUCCUUGGGGGAGAAUGUGUGUGUAACGUUCCUGAGGGUGGACUGGUUCCCAAAUCACUCUAUCAGACAGAGGAAGACCCCGAGACCUCCGACCACAUCCGCCUCUGGACAGAAACCAUCUAUCACUCUGCAAAUAUCUUCAAAGGAGCUCCGCAUGAGAUAGUUGUUGAGAUCUUGGAAGGCGAAUCGGUGAUCACGUGGGACUUUGACAUUCUGAAGGGCGACGUGGCGUUCAGCCUCUUCCACUCCAAGCGGGCUCCUGAGAAGAACUGGAAGGAGGCUGCGGUGCCCAAUGCGUUGAUGGCGGGGGAUAACACGCAGAUGAUUGGCAAGAGCUGGGUCCUGGGGGUGGACUACAGCCGUGUGGAGUCCCCACUGGUUUGCCGGGAGGGCGAGAGCAUCCAGGGCUCCCAUGUGACUCGCUGGCCUGGCUUUUAUAUCCUUCAGUGGAAGAUGCACAGCUCCACAGCCUGCGCGGGCACCAGCCUGUCUCGAGUGGAUGACGUCUUAGCCUCCCUUCAAGUCUCUAACCACAAGUGCAAGAUCAUGUAUUACUACGAGGUGCUUGCGUCCAAGGAGUUCAGGGGGUCCAUGUCAAGUUUGGAAUCCUGCAACAGCGGCUUCUCCCAGCUCAGUGGAGCCACGACCUCUUCCAACCAGUCACAGAGCAGCUCGCUCAUUUCCAGAUAACAUCACCCCGGCAAGCAUUGUGAGCUGAACCGUUGACUGCUGGGUCCAGAUGUCUUCCUCAGGUCUGCCCUGUGGACUGAACCAAAGAGCCGAGUGGCUGGACGGCAGUGCCCAGGGACAGCCUUUCAGGAGGCAGCAAAGAAAUCUGGACACUGAGAUGUUUUUCUGGGGAACCUGCUUGAAAUCCUUAUUUUCCGAGGAACGGACUGGUAGGCUUCUAAGUAGUGAAAGAUGGCAUUCCUGGACAGUUUGUGAACAUGCCCUGUGCAUUAGAACGCAUACCACUUUCAUGCAUGAAUUGUACAUAAUUCCUAUGGUUAAAGGGCUCUUUCCAGUCGGCAUAACUCUUCAUCACUGCAGAGCUAUCUGACGUCGCCUUACCUAUUAGGACCUGUAGGACUGUCUUCACGUGUAGCAAAAAAAAAAAAAAUCCUAAUGUAGUUUCUCGGGGCAUCAGCAGUGCCACUUGGGAUUUUUACAAGGCACAAACGCUAUAGCAGGGAUAAGAAGCAUUCUGCUAAUAUGUAUAUAAAUGGGGAGGGGGGAGGGGUGCGGAGGGGACAAUACAUAUUUUCAGGUGAACUUUUAAGUAGGAAACAUAUCUCAGAGUUUAGAUGCCUGGACAUAUUGCUAGCUAACUUAUUUUGGCAUCCCUGAGAAGACCCAAAAACGCAGACAAGUUUUCUUGCAGUGCACUGAAACAGCUUCUUUCUUCAAGGAGUAAAGCGCUGAUUCCCUUUCCCCCGUCCCACACACUUUCCCUACUUUCUCAGGUCAAUGAGCAAUAAAUGAGUAAGUUUCUGCCCUGCUCCUUUCUCAGGGUAACAAAAGGGCUAAGCAAAGCAAUAUUUUCUUUCUAUAGGCACAAAACUCUUACACGGUGAUGAUUUUUUUUUUAAUAGCAGGCACUAACUGAAGUGUUUCUUUUGUGGGAGGGGCAGGCACUUUAAAGUUUGUGUGCAGGGGUUGACAUGUAUGUAUGAAGUGUCCAACUCUUAAGACAUAUUUAUUCAAACCAUAUGAAGGUUUAUAACUGAUAACUUAUUGAUAUCAUUUUAUAGGUGCGACUAACUAAGCUAUUUAUUGCGGGCCUUCCCUUUUCCUGGCGCUCAGGUGACGAGGUGGGAAAGGGACGUGUCCGUGUGUGUUCCUGUUACCUUCCAUUUUGCUUUUUUUUUUUUGCUGUGGAACGGACUCCUUACAGGACGCUCUGGGAACACGGGAUCGCUGUUAACAGAGAAUUCAGCACACAGCUUUCUUGAAUGUACCGCAGGUUGGACGGGAAUUGCUUUUGAGAACUGGGCCGCCUGAGGCCCCGGAUCUGGUUCUCUUUUUUAGACGCAAAGAAUUGCUUCGUGGACUGGCUGGCCUUCAGACUUGAAGGGCCUUGAUUUACAGAGGGGGUGACUCCACGAAGGUUAUGCAUCUACAGGAAGGAAAGGAAUGAAAAAGGGGUUCUCCUUGGCCGGGUUUAUUUUUUGCCUCCCUUAAUUAGGACGGCAUCUCCCGUAAGCUGGGAGUCAGGUCCCACUGGCCGCCAGACACCCUCGCUUGCUUGCUUGCGUGUUUGUUCCAAAGCUUACUGCAGGGCCAGGGAGAGAAGGUGAGGCCAACCAGGGCCAGUCCCUUUGGCAGGAAAGUGCAUCACAGCAUUUGCGGAUCCCUUUUGCAGAGGGACCCCCAGGGAACGAGCAGCCCAAGCUUGUGUUGUCAACGGAAUUCCUAGCAGUUGUUUCGAGGAGGUGGCGGGAACGGGCAGAUCCCCUUUCCCUUGCAGCCCCGCUCAUCCGUUAGGGUCCUGUCUUUUUAAAAAAUGUUCCAGACUGUGUUUGGAGCAUAGAAGCAGCCAGCGGAGAAAGAGCGAAGCACACUCACAACCCCGUACCUUGCUGCUUUCCCAGAUGAGGUGUCUGUGGAAUAAUGAACAGUGGCACAAUUAAUAGAACACUUCUGAUGGGGUUCAGCGCUUUUUAGAAAGCCAAAAUGCAUGACGGAGCAUGAAACAUCCUGAUUCUCCCCCCCCCCCCCCCCCGGUUUACUAGUAUAGGGGUCUGCAACCUGUGGCUCUCCAGAUGUUAAUGGACUACAAUUCCCAUCAGCCCCUGCCAGCAUGGCCAAUUGGCCAUGGUGGCAGGGUCUGAUGGGAAUUGUAGUCUGUGAACAUCUGGAGAGCUGCAGGUUGCAGACCCCAACUAGUAAAUGUAGUGUUGGCAGCUCUGGAUUGUGAAAUUCCUGGAGAUUUUCGGGUUAUUGCCUGCAGAAGGGAGAGGCCUUGGUGUGGCGUAAUGCCAUAGAGUCCACCUCCCAGAGCAGCCAUUUUCUUCACGGGAAUGGGUCUGUUUGAUCUGGACAUUAGUUCCGUAUCUCCAGACCCCGCCUGGAAGUGGACGCCCCAAAGUCAGUGCAAGGCUAGAGGGCAGGUCUCACGGCCACGGGGUUCUCAUCCCCUACACUGGCCUUUCCCCGAAGGGCCGGCUGGUAUGGCUUAGGGGAGUCGGGGCUUACUUCUCCCCGCCACUUGUGGGUGGCUUUUGCACCAUGAGAGGCCAGGUGCCAGGGGCAGCCUCCGACUUAUACGCUACUAGAAGAGUUUUCUUUCGCCUCCCUCCUCGUUGCAUGAAUCCUCUAACCAUUAUACUGUGACCUUUUCAAUGCAAAACUUUUUAAAAACUCAAAGACCGUAAGCCAUCCGAAGCGGCCUGCAGCCAAGGCCGUCUGAAAGGACGUUUCUCAGAAACGUGGAGAGAAUCGCACCUUGGUCUCCCGGCGGGCUGGCCGAGCACUGCACGGACUGUCCCCAGAGGGCGGUUGUCUGCAGUGACAGGCUCGGCUGGUGUCGGUGUGCAAGGAGAAAGCACAGUUACAGACCCUGAAUGCCCGAGCUCCUCCAAAGGGCGUUCUGGAACUGCAACCAGAAAAAAAAAGCUAAUACACAUUCGCUCUCUUUAAAAAAAUAUAUCAUUUUAUUGUCAGCAGGGAAAGAAAAAUGAUCGCUAUUUGUAUGCAUGUUGGUUGUCAGCAAAACGGGAUGUCAAAAGCUGUAUUUUGGCAGUGAGAAGCUGGAUAUAACUGGUAUGUUUUUCUCUGCUUUCUGUAAAUUUAAAAAAUAAAAUAAAACGAUUGAGCUGG